UAAUUAUUUACCAAAAAACCAAGCUUCUUGUGUCCUAUAAGGCCACACUCACCUUGGCACUUGAGACUCCAACACCACCUAAAUCUUUGUUCUUUCUUGUUCCAUUUUCCCAAACUUCCUUCACUCUCUGUUUGCUUUCUCAGUUUUGGAAAAUGAUAACGUCGAUGGUGGUUAGGAAGGCCGCCGGAAAGCUUGAAAAGAGGCCAGCCGAGGCGCCCAAAACAUUGAUGGACACAGUUCUUACGUUAGCAGAAGCAAUAAGGUUCGGUUACGCCGAGACACUGGGCAAAUGGCACCUCUUGGACUUGCCAAGAGCCAUCCUUUACUCUGUCAUGGACAAGGGUGAGAAAACAGUUGCAGUUGAAUGCGCUGAAAGAAGUGACUGUGUACAACUGAAAGACCCCGAAUUAUUAAAGGAGUUAUAUGAGCUCAAAAAAUGCUUGACACAGACCGUGCUUUUCAGCAAAAAACGUUUUCGUGCCUUUUUAUUUGCUGCUGGAUUUGUCAAGGAGGAUGUCCUCCUAAGGAAGAGAAGAGCUCGGAUUCUGAAGCCCGCUUUCACAGUUAUACUUAAUAAAGAAUCAAAAUGUUUGCUUGUGUUCAUCCGAGGAACUCGUAGCAUAAAAGACACGCUGACAGAUGCAAUCGGUGCUCCCGUUUCCUUCAGUCACUUCAUUUGCAGUGAUGGUGAGCUGAAGAAGAGAGACACGGUUUCAGGACAUGGACACCGUGGUAUGGUUGCUGCAGCUCGUUGGAUUAAAAAGCACUGCACCACUAUAUUACUUGAUGCUCUUCGUCAAUACCCCGAUUUCCAAAUCAAGAUCGUUGGACACUCGCUUGGUGGUGGUACUGCUGCACUGUUGACAUUCAUGCUCAGAGAAACAAAACAGUUCGCUUCCUGCACUUGUGUGACAUUUGGCCCAGCUGCCUGUAUGUCAUUCGAGUUAGCCGAAUUCGGGAAGCCUUUCAUUACUUCCAUCAUAAAUGGUUAUGACAUCGUGCCUACAUUGUCAGGUUCUUCUGUUCAUGAUUUCGUUGCCGAGGGUAAGAUAAAGCGUAAAAAAAUCCUAAAUGCUGCUCGUAGCUCUAUAACUGCAAUUGGAUCUCGCUUACCAUUUGCAUCUACUGCUAAAGCCUUUGCAGAUCAUGCAGUAACUCGUGGCACCCAGGUUGUGAUGAAGAAUAAGCAAAAAACUCGGUCACUGUUACCCUGGUCCCGACGUGAGAAAACUGAGGCACUGCCAAACUCUAAAUCAGAUAACUUGGCUAAAGCUUGUGGAUCAUCCGAGACAAGUUGUGGAGUGGUUGAAGAGAUAAAAAUCUCAGACUCUACGAGUGACGAGUACGAUGAAUCUAAAUCAUCUAGUGAGGAAUCUGAUAAUGAUGAUGAUAUAGAUGAAGAGGAACAAAUCAUAUCUGCCGCUCAGAACGUUACUACUCACACUGCCUGUGAUAUCUCUGAAAAUGAUCUGUUGAAUGAAUUGAAGGAGCUUGAACUAGAGGCACAGGAUGAUAACCCUAAAAUUCAUGCUCAGGAAAAAGAAGGAGCCAAGACCAAAGACAUCACUGAAGAAGAGAUCAAUGAUCAGGUUGUUGAUACCAAAGACAAAUUGGAUACACAUCUUUAUCCUCCGGGAAGGAUCAUGCAUAUUAUCCCUUCACCUUCGUCUGAAAAUAAUUCUAAUUCAUCAAACCAUAAUAGUUCUGAAGAGAAAGAGGUCUACUUAUAUGAAACGCCUAGACAGCUAUAUGGAAAGCUAAGACUUUCAAGAGGGAUGAUAAUUGAUCAUCUCACGAGGAACUAUCUGAAGGUGUUACAACAAUUAAUCAAUCAACUAGAGAAAGAGAAGUCCCAUUAUGGUGGAUGAUAUGAGCCAGAGAAUUGAUAGCAAAUGAAAUGAUAUUAGGUAUCAAUUGGCUCGUGAAGCAUAUUAGAAUUAAAAUUCGGCCUCUUGCUCUAAUUAUCAUGUUAGUUGUGUGCAUUACAAUUGUAAUUCUACGUAAGUCUUUGCCUAGCACUUUGUCAUGGUGCUUUUGUUUUGGUGGGUUGGUGUUCUAAGCAGAAGAUUCGUUGGUCGGGGUGAUGUGACUAGGGAAAGAGGGGUUUGGUGUUUGUCGUUUGUCGUUUUUCUAGUAUGAGAAAUUACAAUCCUUAUUAAGGAUUUUAUAUCAUUCAAGAAUAAAAGGAUAAAUAAUUCGGCCUCUUGCUCUAA